AUCUUAAAUCGUGGUCAUUUAAGAUAUAUCUUAAAUCGUGGUCGAAGCUAUGAACCAACAAUUCUAUGAUAAUAAUAAAUAGAUAACAGAAAACUGAUUUUAUUUUAUAAUACGUUUAUUCAGUUUAUUGUGUAAUACAUUACUGCCACGGAUUAUUACGUGAUUAUUACACAUUUUUCAGCUGCUGCUUAAUUAGAUUGUUUAUAAARUACUGGAGUGGAAAUUCGUUAUUUCGUCGGACGUUCAGUUACACAAUAUAUAGGUUUCGUCAAUGGUUUAACACUUGACAUUGUGCCCAGUCUCGACUGUCGAAUACUUGAGCGAUGCUAAUCGUCAUUGGACGAAGAAUCACACGUUCAACGAUAUCAAUGUGCAACAUGACAACCAGUGCGCUUUAGUUGACAAAUAUUUUUCACAAUUUUUAGAUCCACGAAAUGACGAGUUAACGUUUACUCAAUUCCUUCUGGCAUCCACCAUGUAUUUAACCAAUAUAAGAAUACUGAAAGUAUUCUCGUCAUAUAAGUUUCGCUUUUGUAUUGCAUUUAUAGUUGUACUCAGUUUUUGGCAAAUAUUUAGAGCCAUAACAAAUAGUAAUAAGCAGAAACUGAUUCAUUCUUCACGUGUUCUAAACCAUGAAGCCUCAUUAAUUACUAACAAUGUAAAAGAUAUGACACAUCUUCCAGUUGGUGUAUAUUAUGAAGCAUUAUGUCCAGAUUCAAGAAACUUUAUACUUCAACAUUUAGUUCCGUCUUUUAAUAAAGCACCAAAUAGUUUUGAUAUCGAAUUUGUUCCUUAUGGAAAAGCCAAGACACAUGAAAAUGUUGAUGGCUCAAUUACAUUUGCUUGUCAACACGGACCAAUAGAAUGCCAUGCAAAUAAAAUUCAUUCUUGUGCUACUCAACAUAUUAAAGAUAAAAAUGUUUUGRUAAAAUAUAUAUCUUGCAUGAUUGAUAAUAAUUAUGAUCCAGAAAUGAUUGGAAUUCUUUGUGCCAAAAAAUACAAUAUUAAUUGGAAUACAAUUUAYGAUUGUUCAGAAGGAAAAGAAGGUGAACUAUUAUUAAAGCUAAAUGGUGAAGCAACGGAUAAACUGUGGCCUCAAGUUUCAUUUAUCCCAACAAUCUUGAUUAACCAUGAACAACCCAGACAAGCUUCUGUCUUGAAAGAUUUUUGGGGUGUUGCUUGCAGUUAUUUUCCUCCUGAAUCAAAACCGGCUGCUUGUUGAAUACCYGAYAUUCAUCAGUUUUUUUAUUGACAAUGAAGUUAAACAAUAUUAAAGGACUAAGGUUAUUAAUUUAUUAUAAGAGAAAUUUGUGAUAUUUAAAUUAAACUAUACUUUUUACUUUUUACUGAUAAUUUUUAUUUUUUGUGACCAUAAUGGAAGAAUUCUAUAUUUGUGUUCUAUGUWA